AAGCCCAACCCAAUAGCGAACAGGCCCAUGGGCAAAGUACCAGCCGGAGAUAUCCUUUGCAUCGACGUAGCAGUCGCUCCCACACCGCUCCAGAGGUCGCCGCCGCCGCCGCCGCCGCAGCCUCCCCGCCGUCGGCCGCUACGAGAACUCCAGAGUAAAGGAAAAUGCCUUCACUUCAGAAAGCUUUACCUCCAGAACUUGCCGACAAUGCGCUUAGAUUAUACCGCGAAUGCUUAAGGAGGGCUAAGUUCAUCGGUAGUCAGCAACAUAACACAGGGCUUCUUGUUUCCAUGGUGAGGCAACAGUUCAAGAAAAACAUGCAUGAAACUGAUCCAGAGAAGAUACAGAAAAUGAAGGAUGAUGCGGCACGGGGCCUUAUCAAUCACAUAAUAUAUGAAUCCGAGAAGAUGACAGGACGUAAAUUCUCAGGUUAAGAAAGUUGAAAGUAGACUUUCGGCAAUAUGCUGUACGAGUUGAACAGCGACUUGAUCCUAUGGCUGUUGAAUUAUUUUUCUCCUCCGACACAAGGACCAUCUAAUGCUUUUCUUUGUUGUUGACUUAAUAAAGCAGUGUUUUUUCAUCAGUUGCAUUUUACUGUGCUUCUGGAUGUAAUUGACCCACACAUGCCAAGCGUUAGCUGUUUUGUUAAGGUGUAAAUCUUCAGCAAUUUUAAGUGCUCCAAUCUGUGUUUAAACGGCUGCGUUGCUUGAA